ACCGAGAGCUGAGCCUGGCCUUGUGUAGAUCUGGUCGUCUAUCUUUGGUACUCCUGCCUGCCUGCCUGCCUGCCAGAGGUAGCCGAUCAACUUGGCGCCGAGGCACGCCGCUCCUCGCAGCGCCGGGAAUCAGCCGUGGCUGUGACCUCGCCUCCACCCGAUGUGUGUGUGUGUACACUCGAGAGUCUAGAUAGAGGACAAUGCUCCGAGAUGAUCCCCCUCCUUCCGUUAUCUUAGCUCGGUGGAUGGAGGUGUAUAAAGAGAUGCGGGGUCCCUCUUGCUCCCCCCUCUUCCCCACCUCCCAUACUUACCCCACGUAGUAGCUCUCCCCUUCCGCUUUUCUCUCGCUCUUCUCGAUCAUCCCCUCACCCUACCCACCACCACUACCACCACCACCAUCAUGCCCGGAAUCGCACUCUUGACCAAUGCUGCUGCCAACUGCAAGCUGGACGAUGUGACCUGUGGAGGCUUCCUGGGAGAUAUUGCUACUAGCGCCAAUAGCACACUUACUGCUGGGAUUUACCACCAGACAAAGAACACCGAGGAGGAGGCACUGAAGUUCAAGUACAAGUAUGACGAAUUCAAGCUGAUCAUCGAAGGGACCAUCUGUAUCAAGGAGCCCUCUACCGGCACACAGAUCGAGGCAAAGGUGGGAGAUGUGGUCAACAUCUCAAAGGGAGCUGACCUGGUCUUCUGGAGUCCUGAAGGUGGAAAGGCUUACUUCGUCGGCAACCGCGGCGUGGGCGAGUUGUAGA